UAAGACCAUUGAAAAAGGGCAUUGAACGAGAAAGAAAUCGUCCACAGAUAAUAAAACUAUCAUAUGCCUUGGAAAGUGAUAUGAGGUGCUCGGAAAUGGUUGAAGUAAUUGAAUAGGAGGAUCACUAUGACUAUAGCCCUUGGUAGAAUUCCUAAAGAAGAAAAUGAUCUAUUUGAUACUAUGGAUGACUGGUUACGAAGGGACUGUUUUGUUUUUGUAGGAUGGUCUGGCCUAUUGCUCUUUCCUUGUGCUUAUUUCGCUUUAGGGGGUUGGUUUACAGGGACAACUUUUGUAACUUCUUGGUAUACCCAUGGAUUGGCUAGUUCCUAUUUGGAAGGUUGUAAUUUCUUAACCGCUGCAGUUUCUACCCCUGCCAAUAGUUUAGCACACUCUUUGUUGCUACUAUGGGGGCCCGAAGCACAAGGAGAUUUUACUCAUUGGUGUCAAUUAGGCGGUCUAUGGACUUUUGUAGCUCUCCACAGGGCUUUUGCACUAAUAGGUUUCAUGUUACGCCAAUUUGAACUUGCUCGGUCUGUUCAAUUGCGGCCUUAUAAUGCAAUCUCAUUCUCUGGUCCAAUUGCUGUUUUUGUUUUUGUAUUCCUUAUUUAUCCACUGGGGCAAUCUGGUUGGUUCUUUGCGCCGAGUUUUGGCGUAGCAGCGAUAUUUCGAUUCAUCCUUUUCUUUCAAGGAUUUCAUAAUUGGAUGUUGAACCCAUUUCAUAUGAUGGGAGUUGCCGGAGUAUUAGGUGCGGCUCUGCUAUGCGCUAUUCAUGGAGCGACCAUAGAAAACACGAUGAUGCAUCACUUGAAAGCGUCCAUUUCUGUGACCAAAUGUCGUUGUCGUCUCAUAUCAGAUAUGCUGAUGGAGAAUUACUCUCGUUCCAUACCGGCCUGUUGUGGAUAG